UGUGCCAGUAGACAGCUGAGCUCUCGAGCGUGUUUUCUGCUUCAGCAAGCUCGGGAGCACCGAUGGCAUCCUCCGUCCCUGGGGGCGUCUCUGCCCUUCCACUCCGUAAUUUCUAUGAAUCUACCAGCCCCAAAUUGCUCUGCGUCCUACCCACAGCUUCCAAUCCACCGGUCAAGGGAGCCACUCUCUCUUUCCGGUCUCUUUCCUCCUCACUGCGGCAUCCCUAUAUGGUGCGUGCCGCUUCCGGCCUCGUUGUAGAUGAAGUCGCCGUAGAAAAUCUUCCUGAAGCUGAAACAGGGCCUGAAUCGGUAGAGGUUGGGUCUGACAUUGCUGGUGUCUUGCCACUACCUUUAAGCGAGGAUGCUGAGAGGACAUUUAGGUGCACAAACAGCCCACCCCUUCCUCCAAGCUUCCCAAAGGAAAAGCCCACCAUCUGCAAGAACUUCCAAGACAUGUUGGAGCAAUCUCCUUCCAAGAACAGUACUCCUCUGGAGCUUCCUGACGAACUAUCAUCGAGUAUAGAAUCAAGAAGAAUUCUACUCUGUGCGGCCUCCCUUGGAUUUGCUCUGCUUCUUAUGGGCCUGGAUGAGAACAGUAAGGCCCUAGCUCUGGGUCCAGAAGGUCCAUUGGUGGAAGAAUUUUGGGACAACGUGAGAAGGUAUGGGUUGUAUGCACUGACAGUCAGCACUGGGGCUAUCUACACCAUACUUGAACCCAUAGUAGAGCUAUUGAAGAACCCACUCUCUGCACUUCUUCUCAUUCUCAUUAUAGGGGGUUCUGGUUAUCUUAUCUAUCAGGUGCUUAGUGCCAUGUUUGGUAUAUCUGAUUUUUCUUACGACUAUGCCAACUGAUCAUAUCUAAUGUAAAUUCAGCUAGCUAUUUUCAUAUUGGAUUUUUUCCUUUAUUUAAGGAAAAAAAUUUACAUGAGUGUUA